AUGAUGCAUCUGCUUGCAAUCAUCGUAGCUAUACAGGGCGUCGCGUCCGCUUCCAUAACCGAGAAUCUCGGACUUCUGCAGCAACAUCCCGACACUUCAAGCGCUUAUCGACCUGUAAAGACGCAAGAUCGCGUACAUUCGCCUCCAGAUCCAGAAGAGAUCGAGGUCGUCGAGCUGCCCUUACCGCCCGUUGCGCCAAAUCGUGAAUGCGGAUCAUGUUCGGUCGACAUCAAUCCACGCAGGACGGGCUGCAUCGCACGCGACCUAACGAACCAGAAAUUCCAAUCCGGAGACUUCACGCCAGAUGGAAAGCACGUGGUUGUGAACGCCGAGUUUGUCGGUGCUCCAGCGGCACCUGAGGCAGCGAGCAUCUACGACGGCGAGCAGGUGAUGCUCAUCAAAGCGGACGGAAGCAGCUUCAGCAACGGCGACCCGUGGAAGUGCCUCAGCUGCGGUGUACCGGCGGGAAAUGCCCAAAGCCUGGAUUCCAAAAAAGACUAUCCACAUGUCUUUCGCAGCGGCACUAAAGCGAUCUGGGGCCACAACAUCCUCGACUGUGACGGCGAGCAACUGAGCAGUGAAUCCUGCACGCCCGAUCGCAUUCACAUCUACCCCAUCCACUGGCCUGGCACCAACAGCACGCCUCGAGAACUACGCGUUCACCCCGACGACAGCCACAUCGGCUGGAGCUCGUUUACCGCAGGCGGUCAGUUUGCCUAUUUCGGACGGCUAGCCUUCAAUGCCGCACCGACUGAUAAUGGACCCUCUGCUCCUCGGUACGACCUAGUUGACGUGAAUCUACUCGUAGAUCCUACACGCGCCACGCCUCUCAGCGCGAACGGCACGCAGCUUACGAUUGACGACGACGCAAUCACAGUUGGCGAACUGCGUGGAUUUAGCGGCUCGGGAAACGAGAUCACGUACAUUGGCUAUCCGACGGAAUCUACGAACAUUGAUCUCUAUGCCGUGCAUGUCGAAACGGGAGUGGUGCGGCGCCUGACGAGCCAUCCGGAAUACGCGGACCCAAUGGCGUUUUCGGCGGAUGACGAGUGGUUCGUUACGAUGGACACGAGAGGGAGCGAGAGACAGAUGUGGAUGGCCGGCUUGAGGGGUGUGCCGCCGCUGGUGGAUCUCGUGGCCGUUAUGGCGGCGGCGAGCACGAGGAACAACGGCGUGAGGCGGUUCUUCCAGCCGAUAUUGAUUGAUCGAUACGGCGACCGUGGAGAGUACUUUGGGCAGCAGGUCAACGCUGCAGGGGACAAGAACAAUGGCGCGGUGAACGAUCCCAACUGGAACGGUCGCGCUGAUCCAGCAUUCUCGCCCGAUGGCACCACGAUCGUGUAUUGGCAGGCCCUUGUCAGCGCGCCGGCCUGUGGGGGCGAGAAUGCGUUGGAGUGUCCAGAGUCAACGGCACAGGGCGGGAGGGAGUAUCGCGUCAUGCUUGCAAGACUGACAAGUCGUAAGCCCGCACCGCCAAAGAAAGUGUACGAGGUCCCAGACUACCUGCCGUGGGCUGCGCCGUUCAAGCCUGGCUUUCCACCGCCGUCGCCACUUGGCGUACACCCUGGGAAUUACACUCUCACCGGCAAGAUCUCGGGCCACGCCAACGUCCGUCUCUUUGACGGUGCAUCCACCACCCGCGUCGCCGUCAACUACACCAACUACGCCGACAAUGGGGAGCAUGUCUUGAACGGGUAUGAAGACGUCGAGGUAACCACGACGCCUCCCAACCUCUGGGAGAACAAGCUAGAUUGGUACUCUGACAUCGUGCAGACGAAGGCUGGAGAGGUGACGGGGACCAAAGUAACGAGUCCAGGCGGGUUCCAUCUCAGCAUCGAUGCGAUGACGAAUAUCUUCGAAGCCAAUGGGACGCUGACAACGACUGUUGACGGGAAAGGGUAUGAGCAGCCGGCGAAUGGGACUUAG